GAGACGGAGGAGGGAAUGGUGACAUUUAGGGUUUCCGAGAAGGAGCCGGCCGUGGUGCCGAGAUCCACGCCCAAGCACGGCCAUUUCCUGGAGGGAUUCAAGGAUUUCCAGCAGGAGGGCUGCUACCAGGUGUUGCAGGGCACCAGUGUCGACGCGAGCGCCUUCCAUCCGGUGAAGAAUGGCUUCGUCACGAGCGUGAUCAGAGCUUACAGCUGCCACCACAAUCUGGUGAUCCGGCCAGACGAUGUGUGGCUCGCCAUCGCUGUACAGUUUGGAUUCUUCGUCGACGGCAAUGCCGAGGCUCUGCGAUCCAUCUUUGUGGAUCACGAGGGCAAGAAGGAGCUGGUUGUGUCCCAGGUGGCGGCGCUCCACAGCGCCGACUAUGGGCUCCUGGCGAGGGAGAUGAGCGUGGAGCUCAAGAAGAAUGUCAAGGACGAGAAGGUCUGUGACUGGAUCUUGCCGAGCUUCUCGACUACGACCAAGAACGAUGUGAUCGCCGGGAGUGUAGUUCUCAUGGCCACCUUCAAGAGCUACUUCGAAUACAGGUUUCGUCUAGCCUGCGGGAUCCCUUUCGUGACUCUUCUGGGAACAACCGAGGACUGGGAGGAAAUUGAUCGGAGAGUGGACGAGCUGGACAAGUAUGGUGAGAAUUGCAAGAAGUGGCGCGUCAUGCUCAAGAAAAUCACUGCUCAGUUCGUAGAGAGCAGCAAAGGCAACGUUGACACGGAGUUUUGGAACAAGAUUUGCCACCACUAUGGAGGAGGAUCAGGCCCGAGUUACACUUCCGGUUGGAUCUCUGCGUUUUGCGUCUUCGACAAGAAGGGCGAAUGGCAGGGUGAUGUUCCUGAAGUUCAUCCGGUCAGAAGAUUGGGACGAGAUAACACUGCGAAGAUGGAGUAUCCGUGUAUCUUGAGCGGCAGCAUUGCUUCCGGCUACCUCACGGUGGAUGUCAAGGUGGACGACAACGGGAAAACUUACGAGACUUUCAUGUUUGCGGGGCAUAUGGGAUUCGAGAUCGUCCAGGACGAUGACAAAGGGAUUGCGCCCAAGGUUGUCUGGGCUAUAACUCUCAAGAACAAGCUCAAGAAGGCCAAGGCUGGUUCUUCUGGUUGAUCGAGCUGCUGAUCAAUCGACUCGAUUUCAAUAAAAAAACGUGUUGCUUGUAUGAUGUAAUGGUGUGGAUUUUAAGAAAUUCUAGAUUUAGAAUUUAAA